AUGUAUAUAUUUAGAUAUAAAGCUUUUAUUUUGUUAUUUAUAACCUUAUUAUUCAAGUUAUCUAUUGCAUUUGAUGAUAAUUUACUUGAUGAACUAAGAUUUUGUGAGAAUUCUAAUACAUACUCCCAAAUAUUUGUUCAUAUUGGUUAUUGGGGUGGAAUUAGAGGACAUGGUAAUUUAAUACGUCUUACUUUAGAAAUAUCUAAUGUUCCAUAUGUUGAACAUACAUUUGGUAAUUUUAAGAGUGAUGGAUCAUAUGAUUUUGAUAGUUGGACUAACCAUUUUAAAUUAUUAUUAGCAAAGGUAGAUACACUUACAUUACCAAAUUUACCAUUUUUAGUAGACUGUGCUAAUUCUCCUGACAAGAAGACACGUUUGAAAACUGAAACGUUACCAAUUAUGAUUUAUAUUGCAAAAACUUUUAAUCAAUCUUUAAUUGGUGAAUCAUUAAAUACAGUAAGUAGUGAGAAGAUUACUGAGGUAUCUCAAAUGAUAUAUAACUCUUUUUUAACAUUAUUACAAUCAUUUAUGUAUAAAUCUGGAUCUGUAGAGAGUAUCCUAAAUUUUCAUGAAAAUUUUUUAUCAAAUACUAUUUCUAGUGGGCCAGUCCUUUCAAUGCAAAAUUUGGAACAACUUGUUAAAGGAAAUCAAAAUAUAUAUGGUGGACCAUUUUUAUUCGGAAAUACAGUUACAAUACCAGAUAUCUUAAUAUAUGAAUAUACCAAGACUUUUUCUAUUCUUGCUCCUGGUAUCGUUUAUGAUUACUCAAGUAUUAGAUUAUUAGUGGAUUCUUUCGAUAAUAUUCCCAUUGUACAACAAUAUAUCAAUUCAGAUAGGUCUGUUUUAUAUCCAUUAUCUCCAACAGAAAAUAUACCAUCUCAGUAUAUGAUGACGAUGAAUACAAAAAAUGAAUAUACUAAAGAACUCCCUAGGUUUGGACAAUUUCUUUCAUUUUAUGGAUAUUCUUUAACUACUUCAACUGCAUCAGUAUGUUUGUCAUAUCCUAUUUUUAAGUCUGCUGUAAGAAAUGUUGAUAAUCCAUCUUUCUAUGAUCAUUUUGGUCUUUUAAACUUUUCACAAUUGGCUGAUGCAGCAUUAAGAAUAAUUGGGAAGAAUUUCUUAAUUCGUACCUAUUGGAGGUUAACUAGACGAUUUCAGUCAACUCAAAAGAAAAUAUUUAAUAGUUGUAUAACGGUUUUAACUUCUGGAAAAUAUAUUGAUGUUUCAUUAUCAUCUACUCAAGCAGAAAUUAUUUGUAUACAAUUUGUAAAUUGCUUUACUAAAAGAAGUACUGCAAUAGAUAUUGGACGUUCCUUAAUUAAUUAUCCAAAUAAAUUUAAAUUUAUAGGAGGUUCAACAGCAGUUUUUAAUGCAGAGAGAUCAUUCAAAAAUCGUAUUUUAUCACCUCAGCUAUUGGACAAGGCAGUAAGAUUUUAUUUUUUAUCAAAAUCAAUGAUUAAAUUUGGAUUCUAUCCUACUAGUUCUAUUGUAGAAGUUUUAAAAUUAGCUCAAAGACGUGGUGCACUAACUACAUUCGGUAUAUUAGUUAAUGCACCAUUAGCUAUAAAUAUUUGUAUGGAAUACUCAACUAACAGAUUACCUUUUAGAAAUCUAAUAUUAUUUAAAAAUAAUUAUAAUAUGCAAAACCUUUGUGAAUCAGCUUUCCAACCAUUUAUAUUAGAUGAUAUUACAACAAUUGUUUCGGAUAAAUCAAGUACAUUAGUUGAAGUACUUGAACAAAUAAGUAGCUCAUCAGAGGCAAUAGUGUGCCCAAUGAGUUUAUCUAAAUCGUAUUGUACUAGAACCUCAAGUAGCAUCCCACAAUCAGCUCAUCCACAAUCAAAGCAAGUGAAAAUUGGCAGUAUGCCUAUGAAAAGACUGAAUAGAAAAUUCCAAAAUGGAUCUAGACGAUUAAAAAGAACGUUAGGGAAUUCUAGUAGAAAAAAUCGACAUUCUACUAACAUAGAUUAA